AUGGAAUUAACUCCAUGCGUCAUGCUUGCUUGUGCGCCUACUCAAGACGGAACUGAUGUUGGACUCUUCAUUCGACUGGAUGACCUUUACUGUCUUAUCCAACGGAUGAGAAAGUACUGCGAGAACCUUGCCCGCCGUACUCUUGCAUCGAUAGCUGAAACACCUGAGGAAAAGAAAAAGAUGGCCCCUAAUGAAAUUAUUGGGAAGGGCAUUUUCUACAACAUCCUCGCAAGAUCACUCUUUCCAGCUGAUUCAUGCGGUGCGAUUUUAAAGUACGGCACGUAUUCAGGCACCUCAACUGCCAAGAAGAAUAGAAGUACAUCUGCUGGUUCCAGUGAUGACGAGGAUGUUCAAAACGAAGAAUUGCAAGAAAGUCCAUUCGUAAACUUCCGUUUUGACUGCAUGUUUUCACUAUCACCAGAUGGCAAAAGGUCACCGUUUGUUCCUGGUUUAAUGCGUUCAAUACUAACCGACGAGGUCCGGAAGCUAACAAAUUUACGAGAUGAAAAAUUGAAUGACGUGAUGAAAGACAUCAUCAAGAAAGAUGCCUCCUCAUUUUCAACGAAACCAAACAUUGGCAUUGUGACGUUCAAGAAAUGGAUAAAGACGUGCUACGAGAAACAAAUGAGGACAAUCAUUGGGCAUUACAUGCAAGAAAUGGAUUGUGUUUCCAAAGAAUUUCAGAGCUUCAGAGUGUGGCUGAAUGAUGUUUAUUACAAACGUCACGAUAUUUGGCCAAAUCUAUUUGGCGGACAUGUCCAGGAGUCUUUUUCAGAUAUGGCUCAAAAAAAUUUGACAGAUUCUUCAUCUGAUGAUGAUUAACUUCCCAAAAGUUAUUAAACAUCGUUUUGCAUUUUUUUAAAUAUUUACAUAAUUUUUUUGUUACCGAGUCACUGACCUGAAAUUGUUUUUAUAUUUGUGAAAGUCGUGGUGCAUUUUUUUUAUCGGA